GACAUUGAGAUGCUGUCUUUGGCACACCUGCUCCAGACUCCUGUCUUCUCAUACAGCCAGCAGCAUGGGCAGUGGCAGCGGUACUCUCCUCAUGAUGUCGACAGACAACUGAUGGAUGACAUUCACCAGAGGUCUGGGUCAGUCAGAGCACACCUCAGGGGUAUAUGCAUAGAAAUGAGCUGGCCUGUUUUUCUCCCCCCCCCAUCCAUAUACCCUCAUGGUGCAAGUGCAGUAUUGUGUAUAUACUGGUAUUCUCGCAUCCUCAUCUGUCGUUGGGGCAACACUUAACCUGCUUGAGGUGGACAGUGUCAUUGCAAUGCUGUCAACUCUCUCCUCUCUCUAUAAUGUGUUUAUUUGUGUCUGUUUUUCUGGACAUUUUAUUUAGCAGACAACUAUCCUGUGAUGAU